CUCCGUUCGGCAAUAGCGAUUGACCGGCUGGAGUUGUCAUAUUUCUCCGCACGACGGUGAGUUUACGCUUCACCUCCUUUCUAUCUUCAUACACAUCACAAAGGAGACAAAGACACGGGCUUCACCUAGACAAUUAUCCCAAUACAAAAUACUUGGACGUCGUGGCACAGGAACGUUGCCAGUCACUGUCUGCCUGUAUUUAUCUAAUCAGCGAGUUCGGCAUUUCGGUUCUGUGGAUGAGCUCGCCCCAACGUCGCUCCCCUCCUGUUAUCUUACAUGGAAAUGUAGCGUCCCGCGUAGGGGCCAAUGCUCGCGAGAAUGACGAUGAUUCCAUUGCAGCAGUUGGGGUUGAUAGGGAGAGCUCCCAGAGUGAUAUAUAUGAAAAUAUAGAUGCCGAUUCGUCAAGUUUGGAACAAUUGAGCGGAGAUACAACUGACCUUCACGGUCAUCUUUUAGGGAAAAAUGGUUUCAAUGGGCGGAUAAGAAGAGGCCACUCACCUGCUGCUUUGCAGCUUUCCAGUUCUUGGGAUACACAGCCAUCCUUGGCUGAGGAGGGCGAGACAAGCGCGGCGAAUAUUUCGAGGUCAAAUGGGAAUAAUCGGGACGAUGAAAACCCAGUAUCAUGGCGGUCUUUACCAAACAAAAGCCAACUGGCCAUUCUAACCAUUGCUCGAUUGUCCGAGCCGCUCACCCAAACUUCCCUACAAGCGUAUCUCUUCUACCAACUCAAGUCCUUCGACCCACACUUGCCGGACUCCGCGAUAUCUGCCCGAGCUGGUCUCCUACAGGGCUGCUUCACUGCAGCACAGUUUGUGACAGCCAUGAUCUGGGGCCGACUUGCAGACACUCAUUUCAUGGGAAGGAAAAGGGUGCUUGCAACAGGCCUUUUUGGAGCGUCUAUUAUGUGUGUGGGAUUUGGAUUUUCUCAGUCUUUCGUCGCUGCUGCCAUAUUUCGCACUAUGGGAGGCGCCUUGAACAGCAACAUCGGCGUCAUGCGGACCAUGAUUGCAGAGCUUAUCGUGGAGAGAAAAUACCAAUCUCGGGCCUUCUUGCUCCAGCCAAUGUGUUUUAAUAUCGGCGUUGUAAUAGGACCUAUACUAGGUGGACUUCUCGCUGAUCCUCUGGGUAACUAUCCAGGUCUGUUCGGGCCGGGUUCAUUCUUUGGGGGCCAACACGGCGUCUGGUGGAUGCAGAAGUGGCCAUAUGCGCUACCAAAUCUAAUAAGCGCGAUAUUGGUCCUGAUCUCUACGCUAGCUGUUAUCCUUGGAUUGGACGAGACUCAUGAAUCAGCUAAGUAUCGCAGCGACUGGGGCCGAAAAGCGGGUAAAGCAUUAUGGGGAUACUUUAAAUACGGUCGUUCCUCGCAUAACUAUCACCCAAUCGACGGAACUUAUGAUGUCGAGACCGCAGGAGAAUCCAUCGAUCUGGAGAGAAGCGUACAAGGAUCAGUGCCAGCAACACCUUCCUCAGCCCGGGCACCCCGACAGCAACGCAUGCCUUUCCGUCAAAUCUGGACACGGAAUGUCAUACUCACGCUUCUCACCCAUUUCGUCCUCGCCAUGCACCUCAGCUCCUUUAACGCCCUGACUUUCGUCUUCUUACCCACACCUCGAGCCCCCGAAGGAAGCCGCCGUGGGUUUUUCCAUUUCGGCGGCGGUCUCGGCAUGCCGAGCUCCAAAGUCGGUUUCGCGACCGCCAUCAUCGGCCUUCUCGGCCUCCCACUACAGAUCUUGGUUUAUCCACGCGUUCACUUCCGUCUAGGGACGCUAAAGUCGCUACGGUCAUUUAUACCGUUUUCCCCUCUUGCCUAUGUCUUGGUUCCAUUCCUAACUCUCGUGCCGAACCGCGCAUAUCUCAUCUGGCCAGCUCUGGCAGCAGUUUUUUCCCUCCAGGUUAUUUCGAGAACAUUUGCGCUCCCUGCGGGUAUUAUUCUGGUUAACAAUACUGUUUCGGAUCCGACCGUGUUAGGUACAUUACAUGGGGUUGCACAGAGCGUGGUCAGCUGUGCUAGGACGCUGGGUCCCGUGAUUGGUGGUUGGGGCGUGGGGAUGGGGCUCAAAUAUAAUAUUUUUGGUGCGGUUUGGUGGGCUCUUGCAGUUCUGGCGUUUUUGGGAUGGGGCCUUACUUGGACUAUAUUCGAGGGCCGUGGGAUUGAAGAGAAAAAACUCGAACAAAAUCAUGCAACUGGAGGUUCCGAGCAUCGAAGGAGCAGAUGAGGUAUAUCGUAGGUCCGUUUUAAUUAUGACAUUGGACCUUGAUCUUAUGAUGAGACUAUGAUUAUGGAAAUGCUGCACUACUUAUAUAUGUUUUUUAGUCUAUCUACUUGGAUUGUCAUAUUGGGAUAAUGGGAUACAUAUGUUGAUCUCUUGGAAAUACGGAACGCUAAUGACCUCGAAGUUAUACCCGUAGUAGCUAAAUCAUAUACAUGGAUCUUCCAAAACACACAAAAAGGAUGCUUCCUGUUGGUCAACGUCGUCAUACUCUGCUACCGAAUAUACUUCUGUAUAGUGUCAGGGUCUUCUGAGUCCGGGUCCUCUGAGUCUUGCUCAUUCAUUUAUGAAAGAACCCUGGAAAUGGACCAUAUAACAAAAUUGCAUUGCGUCCUCCAAAGGCCCUAGGAUCACUGAGAUAAUGACUGUGUCCAUGUCCCCCAAGUGUUGACGCCUUUCUAAAUUGAAGGCCUUAUCCAUCGAACGAUUUUCCAUUCCUUGUUCCCUGUUAUCACGCUGCCGGAGGAGCAAUGUAUGCGCGAAUAGCUUUGAUUGAGUCUCCCUCGUGUGUUUUCAAGAGUUCCGUAGCUUUUACUUUUGUAAGAUCAAGCUGAUCCACCUACAUCCAAUCAAUCAGCAAACGACUAUGAUAACCCAGGUAGAAAAAGAGACCAAAAAAAAAAAAAAAAAGAAAAAAA